AUGAGCAAUAAUCUAUUGAUUGCAAUUAUAGUAACCAGCAUUAUUGCUCUGACCUGCUUUAUUGCAAUUAUCAUUUUCACUGUUUGGAAAUGUAGGAGCAAAUACAAGAAGCAUGGGAAAAAAAUCACAAAGAAAUUUGUUUCUGCUCAACCAACAAUUCUGAAAAGACAUCCACCUACACUAGGGAACAUACUGUUAAGCAAGAAAUCUCAGCAGUAUUACAGCAGGAGACCUUUGGUUUAUACAUUGCCAGUACCCAAAGAAAUCAAUUCAAACCAGGCCACCUUCAAUAAACCACAAAUUCAUAAGAAGAAAAAACACUCUGAAAAUAUGUGGUCAGUACAAAAUUCAAUUUCUACAUUGGAUAAAUAUUUUGUUUGGCGGCCAAUAGAAAAUGAAUCCGGUCAUGAAGUACAUCAAGAUUCACAGAAGAAGACAGGCAAGGAAGAUCAACAAUUGUCAUUUUCUGAUCGACAACGGGAACCACAUACAGGCUCCAUUAGACAUUUACCAUCUGACAAUGGAAAAGCUUGUAAAUGUUAA